AUGUCUGUGCCUCUAGUAAUGAGUCAUGAGAAAAAACGUGCGUUGUAUAUUAGUAUUUGUCCCCCUGAUGGUGAAGAUGUUUUAAAAGAAAUUGCUAAAGCUUUACGCAAGAAUACAACUUUAACUUAUACGUUGGAAAAAAUUCAAAAAAAGAUUAGAAAAGAUAUUGAUAUUGCUCUUCAAUAUGAUAAAUAG